GUACUCUGCAGCUUCGACGCUCAGAAACGAGAAACAACCGAAACGUUUGAAAGCCGCAAGGAGAAAGCUCCCUGCAACCAUCAGGAAUGUCUUUGGUCUUCUCUUCUCCAGUUUUCUCCAAUAGAAGAGUUUUCUUUCCCCAGUUCAGUCGAACGAAGAGGAUUGCUAGGUUAUCGAGAAAUCUACAGUUGGGUAGAACUUUUACUGUAAGAGCUGGGCCAAAGAGGAUAUCUUUUGGUAAAGAUUGCAGAGAAGCUCUACAAGCUGGGAUUGAUAAGCUAGCUGAUGCUGUUUCUGUUACCUUAGGACCGAAAGGACUGAAUGUUGUUCUUGAUGAACCUGGAACGUUAAAAGUUGUUAAUGAUGGGGUGACAGUUGCUCAGGCCAUUGAGCUUUCAGAUCCGAUCGAAAAUGCAGGAGCUAUGCUCAUUCAAGAGGUUGCACGUAAGACAAAUGAUUCAGCUGGUGAUGGUACUACAACUGCAAUAAUUUUAGCUCGAGAAAUGAUCAAAUCUGGAUUGUUGGCUGUUGCUUCUGGGGCUAACCCGGUUUCUUUGAAGAGAGGAAUGGACAAAACUGUGAAAGAACUAGUGAAGAUCUUGAAGAAUAAAUGCAUUCCAGUAAAGAAGAGGGAGGAUAUAAAAGCUGUGGCUUCAAUUUCUUCUGGAAAUGAUGAUUUCAUUGGGAAUUUAAUUGCCGAUGCUAUAGACAAGAUUGGACCUGAUGGAGUGAUAUCCAUUGAAUCAUCUUCGUCAUGUGAAACUACUCUUAUAGUUGAAGAAGGAAUGAAGAUUGACAAGGGUUACAUGUCACCCCUAUUUAUUACAAACCAAGAUAAAUCAAUUGUGGAGUUUGAGAAUGCUAAAGUCCUAGUAACUGAUCAAAAGAUCUCAACCAUCAAAGAGCUUGUUCCUUUACUAGAAAAGACAACCCAGCUCAGUGUUCCACUAUUAAUUAUUGCUGAGGAUAUCUCAAGGCAAGUUCUGGAAACACUAAUUUUGAACAAAACACGAGGUAUAAUCAAUGUUGCUGUCAUCAAAUGUCCUGGAUUUGGAGAAGGAAAGAAAGCUCUUUUGCAAGAUAUUGCACUUUUGACAGGGGCUGAUUUUCUUGCUGGGGACUUGGGCCUGACACUUGAAGGUGCAACUUCUGAUCAGCUUGGUAUUGCACUAAAGGUUACUAUAACUAGUAAUUCAACAACUAUUGUUGCUGAUCCUACCACUAAAGCUGAAAUUCAAGCAAGGAUUGCACAGAUAAAGAAAGAUCUUGCUGAAACAGAUAGCACAUAUCAAUCAAGGAAGCUCUCUGAAAGAAUUGCAAAGCUCUCCAGUGGUGUGGCUGUAAUCAAGGUAGGGGCACACACUGAGACAGAGCUUGAAGAUCGGAAGCUUAGAAUUGAGGAUGCAAAGCAUGCUACAUUUGCUGCCAUGGACGAAGGUAUAGCACCUGGUGGUGGAGCUACUUAUGUGCACCUCUCAAAGCAGAUUCCCAUCAUUAAGGAUUUGAUGGAAGAUCCAGAAGAGCAGAUUGGUGCUGAUAUUAUAGGAAAGGCACUUCUUGUUCCAGCAUUUGCAAUCGCAAAUAAUGCAGGAGUUGAGGGGUCGGUUGUUAUUGAGAAGCUUCAGUCAUGUGGUUGGCGAAUUGGGUAUAAUGCUAUGACAGACAAAUAUGAAGAUCUUAUUGAUGCAGGUGUGGUUGAUCCUUGUCGAGUUCAUAGGUGUGCACUUCAAAAUGCAGCCUCUGUUGCUGGGGUGGUCCUCCUGACCCAAGCUGUCCUGGUUGAGAAAAUAAAGAAGCCUGAGCCACCUGUUCCUCUUGUUCCAGGAAUAACUCCAUAGCAAUGACAUUGAAAUUGAAUGAAAGCUGAGUAUAUAUUUACUGAUUCAGCUAGCUUCAACUAGUUGUUCCUUGUGAUUUCCAUUGGCCUAGCCUGGGAGACAAACAGAUUAGAUGGUUUAGACAAUAGAGGACCAUGAAUAGUGAACACAAAUGAAAACACAAGCUUGGGCAGUCUACAACAAAUUGGGCAUUGUAGCCGAGUCUUCAACGCAUGAUCAUGAAAUCUCAUGUUUGAGUAAAUCGGUGAAAAUGUUGUUCUAUUCAAAAGGGGGAACCGUAUUUAUGAUCUGUACCACCCGAAGAUGAAGUGUGUUUCAACUUUCAACAAGAGCACACCAUCUCAUUUACCAUCUCAGGCUUAAAAGUUGUGUGGAACAUGCUUCGGGCUGCAUGCCUUUGCCUCUUUGGUCUUACAAUGCUGUGAAACGUUACUGCAUGUUUUGAUCAAACCCAUCCAAGCUCCAUUGUCGAACAGAAGACCCUCAGCUCAGUGAUACCUUUGAAGGCUACAUCAAGAAUUUCCAUGCAACAUGCAAGAAUUGUUACAUUUGAAUUUAUUUGAAGACUAUUAAUAGUUCUAUACCAUGUAGGCCAUUGAAUUUUGCAUCA